GGCGGCUGCUGCGGCGGGGAGGGCCGGCGGGCGAGGCCUGCGCCCCGCGUGGAACCGGCCCCCUGGCGAGGGGCGGCCCCGCCAGAAUUAAUCAGGUACAAGUUAGAGAAAGCUUCCAACAUCUGAACAGAUGAAGAUCAAUUGAUAAAUCGACCCAGCGAUCCACCAUACUUCUAAGGGUCGCGGGGACGUGGUGCGGAGAGAGAGAGAGACAAAGGCGAUCCAUGGAGCCGGGGAGCGCCUGACGAGCGGCGUAGCCCUGUCCUUACACCCUCACACCCGCCCUCCCCCUUCCCGCUCCCUUCCGCUGCUUUGUUAGCGCAAACACGCAAACGCGCCUCACCUACACGGUGAAGAGGAAGGGAGCGCUUCCCCCUACAAUAAUGGGCACCCGGUUCCUGCCCUCCGGGCCGCCACAGAGCGGAAAGAAUGUCGGUCCGGGCCGCGGGUGACGUCAGAAGGGAGCAGCGCAGCGCGGCGGCGGCCAGGCAGCGGCAGCGGCGGCCCCGCCACGGCGAAGGAGGCGGAGGCGGAGGAGGCGGGAGCGGCGCCGGCCCCGCCGCCACCGCAGCGGCAAUGGCGGCUGUCGGGGAGCGCAGGUCCCUGCCCAGCCCCGAGGCGAUGCUGGGGCAGCCCUGGAGCCAUUGGGUCGAUGCUGCUAAACUUCACGGGAACGACGGAACAGCAUUAGAAGAAAGUUUCAAGGAGUAUGGAAGAAACCGAGAUGCAAUGCGACUUUGCCGAGAAGAUAUGCCAAUAUUUGGUCUUUGCCCGGCUCAUGAUGAUUUCUAUUUGGUGAUGUGUAACCACUGUAAUCAGGUCGUAAAACCACAGGCAUUUCAAUCACAUUAUGAAAGAAGACACAGCUCCUCCAGCAAGCCGCCUCUGACUCCUCCCACCUCUUCAGUAUUUUCCCUCAUUUCAUCCUUCCCUUCGAAAAACAAAAGUAGCAGUGGAAGUGGGAGCAAUCGUUCAUCCAGUGGAGGUACUACUAGUGCAUCAUCAUCAAAUUCCAAGUUGCUGAAAUCACCCAAAGACAAACUGCAGAUAAGCGGAAACAACAGGUUAAUGCAUUCGGUACAGCACAGCAAAGUUCCCCAUGACAAACUUAUGACUCCAUCUGUCAAAGUGGAAAAGAUUCAUCCAAAGAUAGAUGGUGCCCAACUGAAAGCUGCUGUUGGUCCAACUUGUUCUACUACUGUGAGUUCCUCAAUAAAGACUGGCCUUAAUUGUCCCUCAAUACCAAAGCCACCCUUGCCUUCCCCUGGACAGAUACUGAAUGGUAAAGGUCUUCUCUCUGUGCCUCCAUUUUUGGAAAAGAAACCUGAAGAAAACACAAACAACAGGAAAUUUUUGCAUAAAAGAUUGUCAGAGAGAGAAUUUGAUCCUGAUAUAUACUGUGGUGUCAUUGAUGUGGAAACCAGGAAACCUUGUACUAGGUCUUUGACAUGCAAGACACAUUCCUUAACCCAGCGGAGGGCUGUACAGGGUCGAAGAAAACGAUUCGAUGUGUUAUUAGCUGAGCACAAAAGCAAAACCAGGGAAAAGGAACUUCUUCGACAUUCGGAUCAUCAUCAGCAGAUGCCUCCUCUCAGGGAACCACAUCCCUCACCUACUAAAACUUCCCAGGAGCUGCACCAAAAUUCUCAUGGAGUUACUCUUACAGAAACAAAGCCUUUAUUACCUAAUAAACCCAAACCUCACCCCCCCAGUCUUCCAAGGCCUCCAGUCUGUCCAGCCCAGCACAGUGGAAAUGCCCCUAGUGAGUCUCCUUCUGUCCAUGAGUCCCUACACCCUCCCUUGCCUGCAGCUGAGCCAGCAUCUCGGUUAUCCAGUGAUGAGGGAGAAUGUGAUGAAAAAGAAGAGCCUGUUGAAAAACUGGAUUGUCAUUAUUCAGGUCAUCAUCCUCAACCAGCCGCUUUUUGCACAUUUGGUAGUCGGCAAGUUGGAAGAGGUUAUUACGUGUUUGACAAGCGGUGGAACCACGUUCGAUGUGCACUUGACAGCAUGUUGGAGAAGCAUCUGAAUUCCCAGAUGUGGAAGAAAAUUCCUCCAGCAUCUAGUAACACAGCAUCGGUUCGUGCCCCACAUCGGACAAACUCGGUGCCUGCUUCACAGUAUGGUGUCAGUGCAGCAGGUUUCCUCCUGCCCGCCACGGUGAUGUCGUCGCCAGCGUUGGUAUCUCCUUCCUGUGUCUCUCUGACUAAUAAAUCGGUACCAUCCCAUGGAACGACACUAAACGCCAAUCCUGCCGCUCUGGGCGCCGUGGAUCCUGUCUGCAGUAUGCAAUCAAGACAAGUGUCUUCGUCCCCUUCAACACCUACAGUGCUUUCCUCUGUACCUUCACCUAUGCCCAGCAAACCUCAGAAAAUGAAAUCCAGCAAAUCUUUUAAACCCAAGGAAUCUUCUGCUGGCAGUGGCACCUGUAACAGCACCGGCAGCGUCAGUAGCAGCGGCGGCUCAGGAAAGAAGCGCAAAAACAGUUCCGCACUGCUAGCACCUUCUCAUUCCACAGAGUCCUUCAGAAAGAACUGCGUGGUGAACUCUGGAAACUCUGGGGCCUCUUAUCACCCGUCGGUGACAGCUUCGUCCCACAGUGUUGGCCUCAACUGUAUGACUAGCAAAGCUAACUCCGUUAGCCUCAAACAUGACCAAUCAGGGAGGGGUCCUCCGACUGGAAGCCCUGCAGAAUCGAUAAAGAGAAUGAGUGUGAUGAUGAACAGCAGCGACUCCACGCUCUCCUUAGGGCCCUUUGUUCAUCAGUCCAGCGAGCUGACUGUCAAUUCACACAGCAGUUUUUCACAUUCACAUACUUCCCUAGACAAAUUAAUAGGAAAGAAAAGAAAGUGCUCACCUGGUUCAAGCAGCUUAAACAGCAGCAGCAACAGCAGCAAAUCAAACAAAGUUGCCAAAUUGACAUCGGUGAACAAUGUUCAUGCAAAACACACUGGUGCAAUCCCAGGGACACAAGGACUGAUGAACAAUUCUCUAUUUCAUCAGCCAAAGGCACGACCCUGAUAGCCGAACGCGCCGUGGUGAGAAACGAACUGGACAAUUUUCACUACAAGCAAAACCUCCAUCUGGAUUUCUGGACUCCAAGAUGCCUUGAGUUUUCCCAACUUCCCAUGGUCCUCAGGUGUGGAAAUCUACUGGACUGUCACUUAAACAAGGAAUUUCCCUGAAGCCAUGUCUGUAGCAGCGACUAUAUUAGAAAUGGACACUGGAUGAAGUUCAGCCACAUAAUUGCUCUUAUCAGUGUUAAGGGUGGUCUGGACUGUUUGCUACGAAUCUGUGAGAUUUUACUUACAGGAGUACAUCAUCUUGCCACUAUUUGACAUAGAUUGGCUGGGCAAACAAAUGUUUUCUGGGAGGAAACAAACGUUACUGUGGACUUAUUUUUAUACUGAUGGUGUCUCUUAUAGGUGAUAGCUAACCAGACAGACACCUUCAACGGAGAGGACCCCACGACAAGGGGGAAAAAAAGAUAUGUGUGAGGCACAAUGGAAAGAAACCCUCAAGAAGGGAAUAUGGCUUUAGUGUUUUUUAUAGCAACGUUCCUUUAAUGGAAUAUAAAAAUAGCACAAUUCAAAACAAAAAUAGUUUGUGUUUUGCCCAGCCUUUUGCAAGUAAUUUAGGAUAAGAAGCUAUCAGGAGUUUAAAAAACAACCACCACCAAACCCGACAAAACUAAACCCAGGAAAGGUUGCCUGAGGCUAUCGCUCAGAAAGCAGGUGUUAAAAUGUCAUCCUUGCACGAUACAAAAACCUAUUUUCUAUUCUUUGGAGUAAGAUUUAAUUGCAGAAGAAAAUGGAAGUUGAUUUUGUUUUUCAAAACAAGCCUAAACCCAUCAACCAGACAAAGGCAAAUGACCUCUAAAACUGUAUGCCCAAAGAACAUAUUUAUUGACCUAUGCUGUAUACCAUGGGCCUUUGGUAGUUAAAGUAACAGCUGUAUUGGUUAAACAAGGCUGGCUUUGCCUUCCAGCUUGUCAAACCAGCCCUUCUAAAACUAUUUAAGGUAUUGAAAUCUUUUCUAUAAAACACAGAAGUCAGUUUCUUUAUGCCUUGUUUGUAUACCUAAAUUGUUACUGUUAUGCUCUCAAAGAGCCAGUAAGAGAAUUCUGUUAUUUCCCUUCCCCUAAUUCUGGAAUAAAGGCCAGUUUGACAGCAGAGCUCAGCGUGGAGCACAGGUGUGUGCAUCAGUCACCUCCCUCUCCCCAGGCUCUGUAGAUAAAGGGGGCUUUACACAGUUCUGUACAGUCCAGUCAGGUUCCAUGAAGUAUUUUGUCUCUGGCUUCAAAACACCUCAAAAAGGAAUUCUGCUAAAGGGCUUUGUUGUAUUACCAUUUGAUUCGUUCUGGGUGUUUUGUUAAGUGUUUGGGGUUUUUUUCAAUGUCAGGUGAAGUCUCAAAACUGAUUCUUAAGGGGUUAAAGCGAAGGAAAACAAAUUCCUGACCAAUAAGAUACUAUUUUUUCUGCCUUAAAGGGGCACCAGCUAUUGCUGAGAAGAGACAAUCUGAGCCUGUCCAGUGGUUUGCAUAGCCCAGCCUUCUCCCCAGUCCUGGUGGCAAGCAGUACAUCAGGGAAUCCAAAGCCACUCUAAGUAGCAGUUGCUUAGUUGUUUACUUAAGGAUGCUUUCAGUUUAACCUGAACUUGCUACGAAAUCAACACAAACAACAAGAAGCCUCUAUGCAGACACUUUAGCUUUGAAUCGAUAUGAAAGAUCUCACUGAGCAAGCAACGUGCUAGAGAUGCUUAUUAUGCAAACUUACAAACCACAAAUAGACAACUUUUCAGGAACAAAAGGAUUCAUAUCUAAUCAGAUGCCCUGCUGGAAGGAUCGUUAGAACUGCCGUUGGUUUAAUGCAAGGGCGACCAAAGUGAACACAAAAGAGAAAGGCAAAACGCGUUAAAUCCUGCGCGUUUGGAGUGAACUCCACACUCCGACGAAGCCUCUGGGGCAGAGCUUCCACUUCAGGAUAGCGUCAGUCACAAGUGCAAUUUGACUGUUGCUAGUAGACACAAAGGUAAAGGAAACACGAAUUUGGCAAGAUUGAGCACUAGCGAAUUUGCGAGCGAUCUCUCCUCUGUCUUCUUGAAGGUUCUGUUGCUCUGAAAGCAGAAUGGCAAAUCGGUGUUCCUCUGGCAGCGUUCAGACAGUGAACUCCUGAUCGCUGCUUUGUGCAGGGCCAGUGCCUGCAGCCACCUCUGCCGUGUGGGUUUAAGCCAUUGGGACUAAAGAGUUAGAAUCUGGUCAAUUCUGUCUGCCCUUGAGCAUAUACAUGCCUAAAUGUUAUGUUUUAGAUCUCGGUUACAAGCAGAACAUUGUUCCUGCAGCUUUUAUUGUCAUGUAGUUCUUACUGUAAAUAGUUUAAGGAAGCUUAAAAUUAAUUUUUCCUUGCAAAAAUUGAAUUUGCAGUGGCUGGGUUGUUUCUAGACAGAUUUUUGGUAUUAAUUUAAGAGAUACAAGUUUUUUAUAGUCUUUCCAACUUCUCCUUACGACUCCUGCAGUUUUCUUAGCCUAAAAAAAAAAUAAAAAUUGCUGCAAUGAACAAAGAAUUCUACAAGAAAAAAAAAAAAAGAAAAAAGGCAAAAAAAAAAAGGAAAAAAAAAAACCAACAGCAUACUUUUGUAUCUUUAUUUUGGAAUUUUUCUUGUUCUAUUAUAAAUAUUGAAGUAUCCCUAUUUCAGAAGACAUAUUUUGUUAAUUGAUUGUACAUAUUUAAAUAUGUAUUUUUGCACAGGUCUUUUUUUCUUAUAUCCAGUUUUUGGUACAAUUGAGAUCAUCUAGUAUUUAUUUAUUAAUUAAUUAAAAAGAGAAAAAAAAAAAAAAAAAGAGAAAAAAAAAUAGAGGCAAAUACCUUUUUAUAAUUCGAAGUGGUUCACUGCCAAGCCAAUAGUCAAAACAUGCCUACUUUGCAACUAAGGGAUGCCUCCGUGUUGUGAAAGCUGUGUCCCUUUUCGUGUCUGGGGAGCGGAUACAGGCGAGCUACGGCCCCGCGUCCUGCGGCCAGCUUCUGAGGUGUGGGAACCCGAGGGCAGGCUUGGAGCCCGCCUGGGUGGAGAUGGCUUUUGCUUCUCGGUUGCCUGAUUCCCAGAAGACUACGUUUAGUGAAGUGACAACACUGCUUCUCUUCCCCCCCGUGUCGGUGUGCUUGUGCGUGCGUGCGCAGUCGUGUGGCUCUCUCGUGGUGAAAACUAACGGAAAAACUGAAAGUGCCUGAUCUUAACUCGUUUUAGCUUGGACUGUUUAGACAGCUUCUCCUUAAAAGACUUGAAUGUGCAGUUGACGUUGUUGGAGCUUGCUUUUUCCACCUAGGAAUAGUACAUGUCUGCUUACGGACAUAGAUAUGGAUGUGUGCGCGGGGGGGGGGGUGUACAUAU